CCUGCUACUCCUGCUACUGCUUGUUAUGCUACUAAAGCAGGAAACUUCAAUUUCAAUCCCAUUUAUGAUUUUGACACAUCACUACUACCAACACCAACCCACAAUAAAAAUAAUCUUAAUAAAAAACAUGUUUAAACACAAUUAAGUAAAAAUAAGCAUUUUAAAUGGAUUUGGAUCCUUCCUCUAACAUCCGCGUAUUAAAUUCUUUAGAUAGUGACGUUAAAACGUACAAAGUUAUAGUCCUUGGUGAUGCAUUUGUUGGAAAAACAACUUUGAGUUAUAGAUUUUGUGAAGGUAAAGUUUUAUCAGAUCCUGAAAGUACGAUUGGGUUAGAUUAUCGCCAACGUGUAUUAAAUCUAGAUGGAGAAGAAAUUAAAUUGCAAUUAUGGGAUACUGCAGGUCAAGAACGUUUUAGAAACUCCUUAGUAAAAAGUUAUUACAGAAACGCAGAUGCUAUAGUGUUUGUGUAUGAUGUUUCAGAUUUAGCAUCAUUUGAUGAAGUGAAAAAGUGUAUUGAAGAGGUGAAUCUAAAUAUGCCUUAUAAUGAUGAGAAAGCUGAUAUAAUUAGGAUUUUAAUUGGAAAUAAAUGCGAUUUACCAAAGGCUGUUAGUAUUGAUGUUGCUAUUAGAUUCGCUGAUGAACAUUAUAUGCCUUACUUUGAAACUUCCGCAAAUGCUGACUCUCAAGCUGAUCAUAUUGAAGCUAUAUUUAUCACGUUGGGGCAUAAAUUAAAAAAUAAAAAACCCAUGAUGAGGAGACCAAAAAUCGAUCAUUUAGAAUCGUCAAAUAUGGAUUAUUCAAACAACUGGUAUUGUUGAUAUUUAUUAAAUAUUGUAAAAAGUAUGUGAUUUUAUACAAGUAUUGUAAUAAAACGUAUUAUAAUUUUGCA